CUUAAGGACAUGGACAAGGGAUGGGGGAUUUAGACUUUCCAUAUGACUUGUGUUGCUAAUGGGCAAUUUGAUGUAUGACUGCCCUUUGAUUUUAUGUCACAUGUUUGAAUUUGUCCCUGCAAGGUGAAUGGUCAGGAAGUUGAGGAUGCUCUUUCAUUGGCCCCUUCGUCUUGCAUUGAUGAUUCGUCAGCAUUGCUCAGGUUUAUUAUGCAAGAUGUUGCUGAAAGUGAUGUGGUUUCAAAGCUCAAGAUUUUGGAAUUGUUACUUGUUUGGGCUGAUCUGAUUGCUGACUGGCAUGAAUGGGAGGAGAUGGAGGACUUAUCAAUUUUCAAUUGCAUCAAGGAAGUUGUUAAUCUACACAAAAACUUUCCUUUGAAGAAUUUCAUUGUGAGGGAUGUGCCAUCCCCUCCAGCUCCACCUGUGCCGCAACGAUCCAUUAUCGAAGGAAUAGGUGCCUUUGUCAGUGGAGCCUUUUCACAAUAUCCAUCAGCAAUCUGGAGAGCUUCUUCAUGUGUCCACCUAUUGUUACAUGUUCCGACAUAUUCACUUGAAGGAGAAAGUGUCAAGCAGGCAUUGGUUAUUGCUUUCAGCCAGGCUGUGUUCUCUCGCUUUGUAGAAAUUCAAAUGAAGCCCUGUUCACUGUGGAAACCUUUGUUGCUUGCGAUAUCAUCGUGCUAUUUAUGCUAUCCUGAUACUGUGGAGAAGAUUUUGGAGAAGAGCGAACAUGAUGGCUUCACAGUCUAUGCAGCUGCUCUUGGUUUUGUCUCAACUAGCAAAUUUGAACAUGGUCUAUCAACAGAGUCUGAGAUUAAGUUGACUGUCUUGGCAUUAGCAAAAGUGGUUGAACGGCUGCUAAGGGUAGGCAAGCAAGGAAGUGGUCUGCUGCAAGACUGCUUUGCUUCUCUGUUGGAGGCAUCUGUGCGGUUGAAACAAGUGCAAGAAGAAGAGGAAGAAGGAGAUGAAGAGAAUGAGGAUGAAGAUGAAGAUGAUGGUGAUGAGGAUACUGAUGAUGAUGAGGAUUCCGAGGAUGACCGUGAAGAAACUGAAGAAGAAUUCCUGGCAAGGUGUGCCAAAGCAGCCAUUGCCUUGGAAAAUGGGACCAUUGUCGAAGAAGGGGAUGUGGAAGAUCAAGAUCAGGAGAUUGAAUUGGGUGGUUUAGAAGAGGUUGAUCAGCAAAGGACUGUGCUGUCUUUGAUAGAGAGAUACCGCCAAGUUCUCAUACAUGGACAGUCAUUGCCACUGGAACUCAUUUCAAGUUUCCUGAAUACCUUCCCUCAAUGCAGUGCGUACUUCCAACAGCCUUGGCAAUAGAUGUAUUAUGGUUGUGACAUGUCC